UAAACUGUAUAAUUUCAACUGCCAAGAGCUUCAGACUUUGUCCUACAAAAACUCUUUGUAGGCUGUAGUGCACAUGUCAGUUUAGCAUUUAUCCCGUGAGAAUGAUAAUCUUUCUGUCAGACGAAGUAAAAGUGCACCUUCGUUCAGGAAUUGCCAUUUGUUCUCUUCAGCAAUGCGUUGAGGAGCUUGUUCUCAACAGCAUUGACGCCGAGGCCACUUGUAUAGCAGUGAAGGUGGACGUAGAGGCUUGCAAGUUGCUAGUUCUGGACAACGGUGUAGGAAUAGACAGGCAAGACUUUGACAGAAUAGGAAACCGAUACAGCACUAGUAAAUGCAGCUCGCUAAAGGAUUUGGAGAACCUCACAUAUUAUGGGUUCAGGGGAGAGGCUGUGGCCAGCAUCGCCUCUCUCUCUGAUGCAGUAGAAAUCACAUCCAGGACCAAAUGUUCCAGAAAGACCUACAGGAAGGUCUUUGACAAUGGGCAAAGCAAAGGUGUGUUUGAAGCAGAGACAGAGAGGCCAUCAGUGGGCACAACAGUCACCGUUAGUAAUCUGUUCCGCAACAUGCCCGUGAGAAAGAAACGCCUAGACCCCGUCCUGGAGAUGGAGAGAAUCCGACAAAGGGUGGAAGCAAUUUCCCUCAUGCACCCAUCUGUGUCCUUCACUGUCAUGAACGAAUGCACAGGAACCAUGCAGGUGCAGCUGUCCAAAGUGAAAAGCCCAUAUUACCGCUUCGCUCAGAUUCACGGCCUAGAGAAGGCCAAAAAGCUCAAAGAAGUCACACAUUCUUGUGGACGGUUUGAAAUCACGGGGCACAUUGGUUGCGAGGGUCAUUACAACAACAGCCUACAGUAUCUGUUCCUGAACAGAAGGCUUCUCCUAAGAACUCGACUGCACAAGCAACUGAAAUACAUCCUCUCAAAGUCGGCCAUUUCAAAUAAGCUCCACUGCAGCCCCAGUGUCUCUCAGGCCGCCACCAGCUUCAGCCCUAAAGACAGUGUUGGCGGUGGACAGCUUUAUGGGAUGUAUGUCAUCAACAUUAGCUGCGGCUAUUCGGAGUACGACAUCUGCCUAGAGCCAGCCAAAACACUGGUGGAGUUUAAGGACUGGGACAGCCUGUCGAUGUGCCUGGACGAGGGCGUCAGGACGUUUCUGGCCAAGGAGGGUCUGCUGAGAGCUUCACUAGAAGACAGCCAGAGUCCUCCUUUCCCCUGUCAACAACACGCAGCUUUCUCAGACGUGUGUGAAAACAGCAAGUCCCCCCUCGAUUUUGUCGGAGAGAAGGCCAUGGCUUCGAAACCUGUUCACAGAAAUGUUCCUGCGAACGUAUCGCCGGCAUGUGGAGACUCCAAGAUGUGUGGCACGGAUGUCACGGAGAGCGAACAGGAUGCUGCGGAUGUUGAGCAGGAGGCUGCUGCUGUGGAGAUGAUGGUGUCCUCUGACAUGAUAACGACCCUGCAUUCAGAUGAGCAAAGCACUGACGUCACGCCUGUCUGCGAAAAAGCCUCACCAAUCAAGCCAAGUACAUUAAUGAAGAUUUCAUUAUUUCGCAGGGAAAAGCCAGAACCAAGCAUCUGUUUUCCCUCUCUUCAGCAGAAUACUGCAGGAGAAACACAAACACCCACUGAGCGCAAAUCUAACAAGAUAAAAAAGAUAUCCGUAGCCACACCAAGCUCAUCCUCUCUGAAGCAAGCGAAUAUGAAGCAAACAACCGCUGCCUCGAAUGCCCACUCCAUCGAAGAGCGUCCCAGAACUUCAGAGGACCUUUACAACGAAGAACCAUGCACUACCUCAGAGGACAUCAAUACUUCUCAUAGCCUCUCCAUCAAAGAACAACACACUGUCAUUAAGGACCCAGAUGUUACGCAUGACGCCUGCGAUGACACAAGUAUUCACACUCCUUGGACAAGUUCCUCCGAGGACAUUUUUAAGAAACCCGAGGAGAUUUGUCAUCCAUCUGCUGUCAGCUCCAAAAGACUUGAUACAACUGAAACACAGAGAGACACCAAUCAAGUGCAGGAGAAGGAAGACGACUUCGAGAUCCUCAUGGGGGACAGCUGGCGGUCUCACUAUGAUCACGUGGCUGGAAAAGUAGUCUACAUCAACAAGAAGACAGGACUGAGCAGAUAUGAUGCUCCUACAGAGGACCUCUGUGUGGAAGGAGUAAGGGCUCAUCCUGUGCAGGCCAAAGCAGUGUUGCCUUUCCUCUACCAGCCCCGGACCUCCAGGGCCCUGGGCACAGGAACAGCCGAGAAAGCUGCUG